AUCUCUUAGUCUCUACGAAACGCUAUGUCAAUCUUUAAAGCGCCCUUCUUAUUAGAAUUGGGUCUACGACCCUUUUGCAAAACAAGUGACCUUAUUCCGCGAGACGUCCCGCCGACAGCCAGAGAGCCAUCUAGCGGCGGAGGAGCAAAUAAGGGAUGCAGGUAGUGAAGCAGCAGCCAGUUGCGCUCCGAUGGCCGUGUGGUGAUGGUCACGCACGUUGCUAGGACCCCCAAACUUGCACCCAACCUUCCUCUACCUAACCAAUCGAGUCGUGUUGUCACAAUUUCACGCCUAUGACUAGGAAACUAUGAGUGGCUUGGUUUUUAAUUGAUCGAACCCGCAUGCAAUCUAAGGAAAGAUAAUGAGAUAAAAUCACGACGUGUGUUAUGUUAUCAUCAUGUUAUAUGGAAUUGCUUUGAUGUCUAUAGCCAUUGCAGACAGUGGAAAUUUUUUCUCUCUCUCAUGAGUGCCGGUGAGAUGAUUCAGCAAACAGACCGCCUCCUUCACGAGCGAAUAAUCUAAAAGGCCUUGCGUCCCUGAAGGUUGAACGAUUAUAUCAAGCGGCUGGUGGCCUAUCAAAACACGAAUAAUCUCUUAUACAGCGAGCUUAUUCAUUUAAAAAAAAUUCCAAGUCCUCGUAAUUCUUUAAUGUCGUUUAAAUGUAAUGUUUCUUUCAAAAGGUGAUUUAAUGUAACCCGUUUUUAUCUGUCAGUAUAAGUACAACGAUCAGUGGUGAAUGCAAUUCUUAGACGGUGAAAAUUACCUCAGUGGAUCAGCCGUGAUUGAAAAGGUUUAAAAGAUCUGGACUUUUGUUAAGGAACUCGAUUGUAGACAGUACGUAAAAAAAGAUCCCGUAAUUAGUGAUAAUAGAUAAAAGUGAUUUUAGAUUAAGUGUUUAAAAACGAGUUCAGUGGAAAGUUACUGCAUUGGAACAUUUCCCGACUCAGUGAACCUCAAGUAUUCAAUGCAUUUCGAAAAGGCUUCGUGAACCGAGGUAUGUAGUUCGCCGGACGUUUUCUUCUCCGUCGGUCCGAGUAAUGAAUAGCGAUUAUGAAAGCAUGCGGAUCCAGAUAGUAAGAUGAUGAAAAAACUACGCCUGUCCAAGUACAACUACAAGGCAAAACGAAGAAGAAGAAGCGAGACGCCUGUCCGCGUUGCCACAGCCAUGUCCAAAGCAGAGCUUUAGCACGAAGCCAAAAAAGCAACGCAGAAAUUAGAAAAGAAAAGGGGCAGCUUUUGCCGUAGUACUGACCGCUUUCCUUACCAGACCUCUGUCUCUCACAUGAAUAGUGCACGGCACGUACGCACGCCAGGACAGUUUAAUGACACUUUUAGUUACACCUUAUCUGGUAGUUUCGGACAAUAAGUGCGAAGAAGAGAGGGUCGGCAAGAAACGGUCCCUCCCUCUCUCUCUCUCUCUCUCGGUCUGGUUAUAAAAACCGAGGCUUCGUUUCCUCAUCCUCCUUACCGGAGCACUCCUGGAAGGAACCCGCCACGCCACCUCACCUCCCCACCAUUCCUCUCCCACCCUCCUCCCUCCCCCGGCCACUUCCUUCUGUCUUCUUCGUCCCCUCGACCACCAGCAACUCUGUCUCCCUCACCCUCCAUCCCCUCAUCUUACACUCCCCCCUCAUCCUCCUCCUCCUCCUCCCCCUCCCCCACCACUUACACCACCCCCCGACCCCCCAACGCCGGCCAAGUCGCCAGCUUUCCCAUCGUUGACUGCGGGUUUUGAUGAACAUCAUGCGUGAGGUCAUCUUAGUUGCUGACCUCCAGAGGAUGACCCCGCGCCUGCGCAGAGGGUGAGAUGAAGAAGCAAAACGUUCGUACGCUCUCCCUUAUCGUGUGCACGUUCACGUACUUGCUAGUGGGAGCUGCCGUCUUCGACCACCUCGAGUCCGAGCACGAGGCGAGGAAGUCGGAAGUAUUGUUGCAGAUCGCGAGGCAGCUGAAGGACAACUACAAGAUUGAGAAGAACGACUACACCAUCCUGGAGGAGGUAGUACUCCAGGGUGUCCCUCACAAGGCAGGGCAGCAGUGGAAGUUCGCCGGUGCCUUCUACUACGCCACCACAGUAUUGACGACAAUCGGGUACGGUCACUCUACCCCGAACACUGUGCCUGGCAAGAUUUUCACCAUUGUCUACGCCAUGGUGGGCAUACCCCUCUGCUUGGUGCUCUUCCAUUCCAUUGGCGAACGGCUGAACAAGUUCUCCUCCAUUGCCAUUAAAAAGAUCAAGAAAAUUCUAAAGUGCCGAGCCACCGAAGCGACCGAAAUCGACUUGAUCUUGGUAGUGACGACCUUGUCAACCAUCACGAUCACUUCGGGAGCAGCCGUCUUCUCCAGAUAUGAGAGGUGGUCAUACUUCGACUCUGUCUAUUACUGUGUCAUCACAUUGACGACAAUUGGUUUUGGGGACAUGGUAGCCCUGCAGAAGGAUCACGCCCUUGACCAGCAGCCGGAGUACGUAGCCUUCGCCCUGGUUUUCAUCCUCUUCGGCAUGGCCAUCGUCGCCGCGUGUCUCAAUCUCUUCGUGCUGAGGUUCGUCACGAUGAACACCGAGGACGAGAGAAGAGACGAGGCUGAGGCCCUCCAGGCGGCCGCCGGCGCUGUCAGACUGGAAGGUGACGUCAUCACAGCCAAUGGCUCCAUCCUAUCGGGGCAGUGCCCCCAGGAAGCCAACUCCAUGACUGACCUGACCUCUGUCUGCUCUUGCACCUGCGUAUCUUGCACACCAUGUCCUUCUCUGCCGGUCAGGCGGACGUAUAGUUUGCGGAAGCGGCCAAUGAACCUAUCGUACAUACUUCCUCGCAGACGGCACCACCAACAACGACAGCAACAGAUGCAACUACAACAGCAACAGCAACAAGUCACCCACACGGAGACGCAAGAGGAGCUCUGCUCCUCGUCCUCCGAGUUCGAAUAUGUGCCCUUGCCCACAAUAGUGCAAAAGAGAAACUCUGUUUAAUGCCCCGGAUGACGGAGGACCACGUUCGUUCUGACUUCUCUGAAGACUCCUUGACUUGUGUGUGUGUGCGUUUUUUUCCCCUUGAAAAACAUAAAGAAAAACAAAAUAAAAGGAGGAUCGCAGUGCGUGACCUCACAGUGACGUGGCACGAUCUCGGCAUUUCUCACGGUAGUUCAAAUCCUCCUGGAAACCUGGAUCAAACGAAAUAUUCAAAUGACUUACCGGAAGGGGCUCGUGUGAAAUUCUCACUUCCGGUUGAGGGAGAUGAGGCGGGCAUGAGACAUGAAAGCAGCCCUGGGCACUCCCUCCCAAAAAGUAUGAACAAUUUAAUGCCUUGUUUGUAAACGCGAUAAUGAAGGUGCAUAUUCAAACGAGAGGUUGAUCAUAACAACCCCACCCCCAAACGAUAAAACGACUCUCUCUCUCUCUCUCUCUCUCUCUCUCUCUCUCUCUCUCUCUCUCUCUCUCUCUCCGACUUCUUCUUCUUCUUCUUCCUUUGUAUGAUUAUUUACUCAUUAUCUUCAUCUCGGGCCAUGCAUACCGCGACUACGAGAGACCACAGUGCAUUACGAACCUCCCUCGGGAGGAGACGAGGUAUGACUGACUGAAAGGUGCAUUUUAGUGACGUUCAGAACUGCUGAUAAAAAGGCCUUUAUCUCGUGACUCUGAGUUGUCUUUAAGUAUAUAUACUGCGUUUCCUCUUCAUAUUUUCCGAGCUCAUAAGUAAGGCAUUACGAUGUGCCCGUGCCGCCUGAAGUUGGCAGCUAUGGCCUAUCCUACCAGUAUAAUGUAAUAAAGGAUUUUUUUAAUUUAUUUUAAGGUCACAUCUCACUUCGAGUGGGGUCAGAUAAGGUCAAAAGCCGUCCCAGUUUCUAGCAAAGCGAUAGCACUUGCUAGUCGUGUUUUUGUCAGCAACGCCUACAAAUGCAGCACCUGUAAUUAGCUGGAAAUGAAAAUUUUAUUAUUCCAUUGCCACGUGAAAUUUUCUGGCUCUGUUGUUGUUGAUUUUUUGAGAUAACGGAGAUGAAUGAAGACAUUUUUGAGAAGGGACAUGAAGGAAUUCAGUAGCGAGUCGAGAUCACCAUUUUCCCACUCGAACAAAGGAUCUGAUAGUGAAAGAUCGUCUUUCUUUCUUUCUUUCUUUCCUCAACGUAGAUCUCUCAGAAUAAGUUUAGCAAAUAAUUCCUGCUCCAAUUCUCACUUAGGUCAGUUAUUUAUUCUCUGUAGAUUCCACGUCGUUGAUCAUACUUUUACUAAUCUCUGCAACAAUGUUAUUUAUCAAAAUUCACGCCACAUCAAUUUGCCUUUGUUGCUGCUGAUCAAUUAUAAUCAUGCUGUCGAGACUCCUCCAAGUAGAAGCUUUCUUGAUUAUCUCACCGAUCCUCUCCUAGCUGCUCUUCUUGAAGGAAUUUCACAAUACCUUCGUUUGGAAGUAUUUUCAGAUAAGAUUCAUUAGCAAAUAUAUGCGCAGGUAUUUGUUGAGUAUAUAAGAAGACUGUUCAUUUCAUCCAGAUAUUUGUAUGAUAAUUGCUGUGAUACAUUUAUUCAUGAUAUGCAAGGCUACAAUGCUAUUGGCCUGAGUGUUCGAAAUAUAUA